AUGUCUGCCCCAAUCUUUGACGCCGAGCUCGAGGUCGCGUGCCAGUGUACCCUUGGCGAGGGUAUCAUGUGGGACGACAAGACGGAGCUGCUCCACUGGGUUGACAUUGACGAGGCCAAGGUGCACUCCUACGACCCCGUGUCCAAGGCCCACAGCGUGGCAGUCUACCCCGAGACCGGGUUCGUGAGCGCCAUUGCCCCGCGUGUCGAUGGUCCAGGCCUCGUGGCGGGCUUUGAGUUCUCGGUGGCCCUCAUCAACCCUCCCGCGCCGACCGCGGCGGCGUCCAGCACCCCCAUCACCGACAAGGCGACGGCCACCGUCGCCGCCCCGCUCACGCAGGAGUAUGUCGCGUCCAGCAUGGUCCGCUUCAACGACGGCGCGUGCGACCCUGCCGGCCGCUUUGUCAUCGGAUCCAUGACCCGGCCCGAGAAGGGUGACGGCAUCCUCCGUGGCGAGUUGUUCAGCAUCGACCCCAAGACCGGUGCGAGCACGAAGCUCCUCGAGUCCGUGGGCUGCAGCAACGGUAUCGACUGGAGCCUAGACGGCAAGACCAUGUACUAUGUCGACUCGAACGAGCCCCGCGUCAGCACGUUCGACUAUGACGUCGCGACGGGCGCCAUUUCCAACCGCCAGACGCUCGUGUCUCCUCCUGCAGACAUUGACGGGCGCGCGACCGUGGGCGCGUUUGACGGCCUCGUCGUCGAUGGCGCGGGCAACAUCUGGGUGGCGCGCUGGGCCGACCAGCGGAUCGUCGGAUACACGCCGCGCGGCGAGGUGAUUGCCCACAUCCGUGUGCCCGGCGUCAAGUCGCCCACGAUCCCGUGCUUUGGCGGCAAGGACCUGAGUACAAUGUACAUUGCGACUGCGAGCGCCAACCUCGCUGGCGCGGGCGACAUCCAGGCCCAGUUCCCCCAGUCGGGCGAUGUGUUCAAGAUUGAGUGUGGACCGGGUAGCCCGCUGGGCAAGGUGCUGGGCGAUCAGUGGAAGGGCCGCAUUUAG